AUGAGUUUCAAAGCCAAAGACCUGCAGUUCGACAGUUCGCAGCCUGCUUUCCUGCAGCGUCUGAGGGGUCAGCUGCAAAGCGGAGACUCUGCCCGCCAUGAGCAGCCAAUCGCCAGAAACAAAAAGGCCAAAGAGAAUGAUGAAGAUGAUGCGCCCACCUAUGUCCUCGAAGAUACAAAUCAAUCUCUGACAAAAGAGGAGUACGAGGCGCUCCUAUCAGGCAAAGAAUCGAAAGAGGACCAAGAUGCCACUGCUAAGACGGAAAGUCCAGACUCUGCAGAAGGCCCAGCCAAGUCGAAAGACAAGAUUGUCCAAGUGGGAGGCAGUGUGAAGAAGCGCAAGGCGGCCAAGAUCAUUGGCGAUGAGCAAGAUGCAGACACCACGCAGCAUCAAGAUAGCUCACAGAUGAAUGGCAAAGUCGCCAAGAAGCCGAAGAAGAAAGCGAAAGCUGUCAAGCUCACGUUUGGCGAUGAAGACGAAGGCUGA